GGGGCGGUGCAGCCGCUGCCGGGAGCGGACGUGACGCGGGGGCCGCUGCGGGGCCGCUCCCGCGGGGAUGGAGGCGCGGGAGCCGCUGCGGGACGUGCGCGGGGCGCUGCGGGCGGUGCUGGCGCGGGUGCGAGAGGGAGAGCCGGGCGAGGGCCGAGAGCCGUUCGAGCUGCCGCGCUUCUGGGACGCGCUAGGUCAGACAUUCCAGGUAACAUCACAGGAAGCUACAAAGCUGAGUCUGGCGUUCUCAAGGCCUCCGCUACCUUCUGCAGAGGAUUGCAGGAAGCUGAGUGAAGAUGUCCAAAAUGCCAUUCUUGCAGUUGCCACAGUGUACUACUGGCUCCCCAAGGGCCAAGGUACUACUCUCCGGAAGAUGGUGCGAGAUGCUACCACUGAAGUAGUGGAAGGGAUGAUCCAGCUCACAGACACAAUUCUCAAUGCUCCAGCGGAGAGCUUGUCUCAGGAACAGCUUAUAUCCACUGGAGGUGUGUGGGAGGCAUGUGAACAAGUGUCCAACCUGCCACAAGAUAACCAGGCAGCAGUUGCAUCAGCUCUGACUGCGUGUCUGGGUGUGGUCAAGGAUGCUGUGGAGGAGAUGGAACAUGCACUGGUGGAAGGGCAGGAUCCCUAUGGUGACAUCAUGGAAGAUGAAGAGCUGGGCUUUCGGGGCAACAGAGACACAUAUUGGUCAGAAGGUGACCGGCAGCUGCUGAGCUCCUGCAUGGGGUUAAUGAAGGCUUCCAAAGCUUGCCUGAAGAAGGUCCUGGGUGCAGUGAAGGCCUAUGGCAAAGCUGAUUCUCCAGAGCAGAUUGCUCAGCUGGAUGACCUUGCAGACAUUGCUAAUGAGAUCAGUCCAAGUGUUGAUGAGCUGGCACUGAGCAUGUACCCACCUGUGAACCCUCUGGCUGUGCGACUUAAUGCUGCUAAGUUGGCCUCAGUGUUAAAGAAGGUCUUAGAGAUUGCAAAGACAAGCCAUGUGUGUCCACCAUCAGAGGAAGGCUGGGUGCAGUUUCUAGAUGGUGCAGUAGAUCACAACAUGAACAAAAUCAAGAACUUCACACAGGGUCAACUCUAGCUCUCCUGUGCCUACGUGUGUUGCUGCCACUGGCUCUGGCAUGUGCUUUUCCAGUGAAUCUUGCUGUUCUUCAGCUGCUCGGAGAAUGAGGAGAACAAUGUUUCUAGGAGAGAACCUUACUGCCACUUGGAAAAACUUUUCCAGGAAGUUGCUCUUUGCCGUUGCAGAAGUUGUCAUUUUACUUGGAUUCUUGGGAUGAUGCAGUGCUGCAUCUUAACCUGCCCCGUUCUUCAGACAUUACAACUACUGUGGGGUUCAAAGAACAAUAAAAUAUUGCCAGAUUUGCAUUAGUUGCUUUAUCUGUCUUCAGGUGGCAGAAGAUAUAUACUGAAGGAAGGGGUCUUGUUUCUUUUGCAAGCAGCCCAAUGAACCAUUAUAAAAUAUGCUGCACUGUUGCUGUUUCCUGUUUAACCUUAGAGAGCAAUAAACAGCUUUCUAUUAUUUAUUUCCUCCGAAAGCAGCAGAAAAUACUGUUUACUACUUUAUUAAUAUCAAGGAUCUGUAGGGGGAGAGGGGUGUAUCUCUAGAGAAUUGCUGCAUGUAUCAUCACUUUAAAGUUCCAGGAUAUCCUUUUGUUUUCACAGGGAGGGAAAAUGUCUCAGCAGUGGUGGGUUCAGCACAUGUGUGUGGUGAGAAAUUUCUGCUUGAGCCUUCAGCCCAUCUUUGUCACAGUAAGGUUCAACUUCUGAAACUGGAGAGUGGACAUAGUGCCAGAUGGGAGAGAGCUGAAUUUAUACAAAUAAUCAAAAUCAGACAUGGUUUUAAACUUAACUUUUAUUAAACUGUUAACAUCUGUGCUUGCCUAAGAUCAGGGCACAGAUCAUGACCACUCUUUUGUAAGCAGGACCUGUUCCAAGCUGGGCCUCAGGCAGCUGCAAUGUCAGUAGUUCUG